AUGCAUAUACAUAUUUAUGCAAAGUGGAAAGCACCGCCGGCUGCCCACAACCCAAGUCAGCCGCCGGAAUGCAAGAGCUCGCGAAGACCGACAUCUUCCCAUCUCGACGAUAUACAGAGCAGCCUCUCCCCAUUCAAACAACAAACUCAAGAACGACUAUCCAAGAUGAUUUCUAAACCUAUCUGGUCACUCUCACGACUUGCCGUUCGCUCUCGAAUCCCGCUUUCGGCGACUCUUCCAGCCCGGGCGUCACCUUUCCUUCGAUCAAGCCCUCAAGCUUGCUCUCAGAUACUCUCAGCCCAGAGACACUUUUCCGUUGGACCAGUCAGCCGCUCGGCUGGAGAAACCGAUUCCCAACUAGUCGAUAAACUUGAGGCAGAAAUCAGCUACGAGAAGGAUGCAGAAUCGACAGAGGACCCACAGUGGCUUAAGGAAUUCAAGGCAGAUGGUACAUUCCAAAUUACCGAUAAACCCGGGUCUGACGAAGUCACCUUAACCCGCAAAUUUGGAAACGAGCACAUUCGAAUUGUCUUCUCUUGUUCGGACUCUGAGACAGAUGAGAUUAACGAUGAACUUGAGGAGGAGUCAGAGGACGAUGAUAAAGAAGCGAUUGGAAACUGUCGAAUCCGCACAGCCAUCAGCAUCAUGAAGCCUGGAAAGGGCGGUAUGGUUAUCGACUCCUCAACAGACGGUGCUAGCUUUGACAUAGAUAACGUGUCAUUUUACGACGAUGAGAAGUUGGCCCUUGAUGAAACUCAUGAAAGCGACUGGAAACGAAGGGGUCUCUACUUUGGCCCAACGUUCGUUGACCUUGACGAAGAGCUCCAGCGAUCCUUUGCCGAGUUCCUCGAGGAACGUGCCAUUGGAAGUGAACUAGCAGCGGUUGUUCUCGACUUGGCUGACCAUAAGGAGCAAAAGGAAUAUGUCAACUGGCUCGAUAAAAUGAGCAAGUUCAUCAAGGCUUGA